CGGCACUCGAUGGUUCUGGGCUGCAGACUGACGGCCUGUUCUAGUCUUUAUUUUUUUUUUUUUACUUUUAUUACCAUUUUAUGACGGAGGCGUGAACAAACAUGGGUUUAUCUCAGAGCUCAGAGGUGUCCGAAGGAGGGACGUACGGAUACCACGUUCACGUCGUGCAGCCGAAUUCACCUGCGGAAAAGGCCGGACUCCAGCCUUUCUUUGACUUCAUUCUGUCUCUGGACUCCAAAAGACUCAAUGAGGAGAAUCACAUGUUAAAAGAGCUCCUGAAAGUCAACGUGGAGAAAUCAGUGAAGAUGGAGGUGUACAGCAUUAAAACCACGAGCGUCCGGGAGCUGGAGGUGGUGCCCAGUGACAUGUGGGGAGGGCAGGGUCUGCUCGGCGCCAGCGUUCGCUUCUGCAGCUACCAAGGAGCCAAUGAAAACAUCAUGCAUGUCCUGGACGUGGAGGCCAAUUCACCAGCAGCACUCGCAGGACUUCAGCCACAUACUGACUACAUCGUUGGAGCAGAUCAACUGUUGCAGGACUCAGAGGAGUUCUUCUCGCUGAUCGAGGCCCGUGAAGGGAAGCCGCUGAAGCUGCUGGUGUACAGCACACGGACCGAUGUCUGCAGGGAGGUGGUGGUCACACCCAAUGCCUCAUGGGGAGGAGAGGGCAGUUUGGGUUGCGGCAUCGGGUACGGCUACCUGCACCGAAUCCCUGCAACCCCCGAUGUACCACAAGAGGAGCCGGACCCCCCAGCCCCAUUGGACCCCCCAGCCCCAUCGGACCCCUCGGACUCCCCGGUCCUGUUAGCUACCUCAGACUCCCCGGUCCUGUUAGCUACCUCGGACUCCCCAGCCCUGUUAGAUACCUCGGACUCCCCAGCCCUGUUAGCUGCCUCGGACCCCCCAGCCCUGUUGGACCUCCCGGCCCCGUCAGACCCUCCUGCCCCAUUGGUUUCGUCAGACUCCCCAGCCUUGUUGGCUGCCUCGGAUCUCCCAACCCUGCUGGACCCUCCAGCCCUGUCAGCUGUCUCAGAUCCCCCGGCCCUGCUGGACCCCCCGGCCCUCUCGCCCCCCGAAGAGGAGUCCUCUCCAGAGCUUUCUCCACAGGGCUACACAGAGGCUGCUUUGGCAGCUCCUCCAGUCCAGGAUGAAGAUCUGGACUCUGAUCCGAUCGGGCCUCAGGAAGCUCCUCUACCUCCACCCAUCCAGAGAGUCAUGGACCCCGGUUUUCCUGAUUCUGACGAAGCGGUGAUAAACGACGACCUCGAAGAUUUGGUCGACGGCCUGGAUCUGUCCAUGUCCUCCAUCGACAUGUCCAACACUUCUUUGUCUCUGUAACCAAAACGGUAGAAACGUGAGCGGCGUCAUCCCUCAGAGGCGCAAAAGUAGAUGAGACGGGUUCAUUUCUGGUUCCCCAAAACAAUCAAUACUUGAAUACUUUCCAAAGAACCGCAUAUUUACGCACAGUGCCACUUUGACAUUCUCUGUUCUUUACCUGUUUCAUUGUGUUUGUCGUACUGUGUGGACGUUCGGGGGGAAAUGUUACUUCAAAAGAAAGCAAUACGGAUAACAGAGUAACCCUCCCAUUUUACUGUCAGAAUUUAUAGAUCUGGUUCAUUUAAAGCUUCACUUCUGGGUAACAUUAGUGAAAAUACCUGAAGAAAGGGCUAAAGAAGGUUCAAGACCUUUUCUUUUUUAAACUUGAUACAAACUAUCGAAACCCUUGGCUGGUGUUAUAAAAGAAUAAUAUAAAUAUUAAAACUAUAUGGUUUUUAAAAUAUAUGGACUGUAAUUUGGAAAAAUUAAAAAGGAUAUACUUUUCUUACAGAGAUAAUGCAUUAACUUUGAGUAAAAGCAAUAAAUCAUGCCAGUAAAUUAAUAAAAGAAUAAGGCAUCAGGGGAUGCAGGGAAUUUACAAGUUGCAAGUCUACCUUUUCCACGUUGAACUUUUUUUUUUUUUUAACAUUUGUUUUAAACGUUGGUUUUUAUUUACUGUCAUUCAUCUCCGAAUUAAUCAGCAGUGUUUUCAAAGCUGCCAGACUUGCACAUUGUCGCCGUCUUUCUAGUUGCACACAUCGAGUGUUUUAAUGUAAAACAAAGAGCAGUUUUAGCUUCUGUUCUGUCCUGUUUUUUUUUUUUUUUGUGAUUUUGUGUUUUAAAUUGUUAUCAGUCCUGUAGCUUGUGUUCAGUUUGUAUAAUGUGUUCACGGCCGUCUGUAGUUCGACGCCCUCGUGCUCAUUCAGCGUUAACUGUGUAAAUUCUGAGAUCUAUGCAACACUAGACAGGUGCAGCGUGUUCAUAAUGCACUGCCUCUUUUUUUUAAAGGGGAAUUUUCAAUCUUUUUCAUUGUCAAAACUAGGUGCUAGUAUGUCAAACAAGGAGAAGUACUUUUGCUGAUAUUUUAUCAAUGAAUUGUGUGUUUUAUUAGGAAUGAGUGCAGAGUGGUUUGAUGGAAGUGAAAUGAGUGAUUGGCGGUUAAACAACGUCACUGAAGUGAAAAGAAGUGUCCUUUGUCUUUUCUGAUUUCACACUCUGAAAAGAUUUCAACUCCAGACAACCAUUUAUAAUCCCCAUAAAUCUGUCAUUGUUAAACCAUUCCAAUUUAUUUCUUCGAAUGCCUAAAAUAUACAUAUUUCACAAAUUAUUACAAGGGAUAUUGCAGUGUUAUGGCCUAAUUAUGGUACCCGUCCUGCGUUUGGCCAAAUAGAGCUCUCUCCAGACGCCCCCCCCCCCCCCCCCCCCCCCCACCCCCGACCCCGCCAUGGCGUUACACACACUCAUCGUGGCAAAAGUAACUCCAGAAAAUUUACAAGGAAAGGAUCCCGUCGUUCAGCCUGGUGACUCACCAGGAGAAAAACGGGUAUCAGAAGCGUUUAUUUCACUUUGGUGAAUUUCCCACAGUGGUUGAAUUCAUAUGUUCUCUGGCGCGAGAUUCCCCUUCAAGUUAUAUUUAUGUUCCGUCGAACUAUUAAAUCUAAACGAAAUAUACAUUAGGAACAGCCCUCACCGUCAUCAAAGUCACUGCUCAUGAGCCAAACACAGAGCAUGUAAGCAUGAGUUACUGUUAAAGAUAUAAGUCUUAUACAUAGUUUCCCAAUUCGCUAAAAUGACUUGGACGACUACUGACAUUUUUAUAAGUCAACUGCAAUUUCUGGCUCGCAGUGAAUACAAGAGAUGCGGUUUUUAAACCAUCCAAGUCACGUUACCGUCACGAUCAUGAGUGAGGUCCAGGGAUUUGGAAAAAAAAAAUAAUAAUAAUAACUUGGAGGUUGUAGUUCAUUUUUG